AGCCACGCGAGAUAUACGACAGCGAUUCUUCCACUUAAAACGCUCAGCUAGUCAUGAAAUGGCUGUUCUGGGCUUCACCACCGCAAGAUGACUCAAACAGUAAUAGCGGCGCUGCUUCACAAGUGAAAUGCAGGAAUAAUGAGAACGUGGACGUGCCCGCACCGUCAAAUGCAGCACCUCCCUCCGACCGCACAAUAUCUAAAGUCCAAUCCAGCAGCAGAGAUUGGAAUUCGAUAGUUAACGCGACGGACUGGAAACAAUUCACUGAGCCCAGGACGAUUAUUCCCACAGCCCUGGUAACUGGAGGCAUCUUGCUCUGUGUGCACAUCCACCGAAAGUACCUGCGGCGGAUACCCGAAGCGGGGCACAUCUCGCCCUCUUUCUUCAGGCGACGGAGUCUGCUGGGUAAGGUGACCAGUGUCGGAGAUGGUGAUAAUUUCCGGAUGUACCACACCCCCGGCGGAAAGCUGGGUGGAUGGGAGUGGUGGCGGAAAGUGCCCACGGGAAAGAAUGAGUUGAAGAAUAGGACUAUCCAUGUCCGUCUCGCAGGCGUUGACGCCCCUGAACUCCCUCAUUUCGGCCGCCCCGCCCAACCGUUCUCCCAAGAAGCACAUUCGUGGCUGACAAACUACAUUCUGGGCCGGCGUGUUCGAGCCCAUCUCUAUCGUCCCGAUCAAUACGGGCGCGUCGUGGCCACAGUGUACGUCCGUCGCUGGCUCUUCUUCAGGCAAGAUGUCGGGCUGCAGAUGUUAAAGCAUGGUCUAGCGACGGUGUACGAGGCGAAGACGGGAGUAGAGUUCGGCGGAGUGGAGCUAGAGAGACAGUAUCGAGAGGCAGAAGCAUGCGCUAAGAAGAAAGGGAAAGGGAUGUGGAAAGCGUUGAAGGGAGGGACGAAAGGAGAGUGGGAGAGCCCGAGAGAGUAUAAGACGAGAAUGGCAGCAGAGGAAGGGCAGAAGAAGAACGCUCGGGGGAUUACGAGGAAGAAGUGAUGAAUAACAUCCUCCUGUUGGGAUGGAUACCGUUUGGGCCUUUUGUGUCAAGCCGUGGAGUUGGUUGGAGUUCUGUGCUGUCGUCCCUCUAAUACCCGUUUGCAUGAGAUGGCUAUACUUGGCUACAUGUGAUGAUGUCAACCUGACUACUGUAACUACGCUCUUU